CAACAUUCGUGAAGUUGGAUUGCCUUUUAGUGAUGCUGCAAAACUCACUCUGACGGAAGUUCUUGUGUUCUGAGAGAAAGCUAGAAUACCUUAUCAAUUACAAAAAAAUGCUGUUCGCAAAGUCGAAAAAUUAUAUAACGAAUGGAGGGCACUUCAGAAGUGUUCAAGAUUGAAGACAAAACGUCAAGAGGAAAAAAAUCUUGCAUUCACAUCCAAACUGUCCGAUCUUUUUGAUGUAGCAGUGGAAGAUGUCAUUUCAAAAAUGUCUAAUCAGGAAGAUAUUAAAUUUUUGACAUAUCAGAGAAUGAAAGGACGUCCAGGCCAUAUGGAAGAAAAUGUACGAGACAUCUCAUUGUCUUCUGAAUCAGAAGUGGAACAAAUCACCUCGGACGAAGUAUUUACCGAUGAUAAAAAAGCCAGCAAAGCGGAGACAGCGAGUAAAAAAAGGAAAUACAGUCGUGGUUAUAAAGAAGUAAUGACGGAAAAGUUAUCAAUUUUGGUAGAUAGGUGCAAAAUUUGUGAUAGAAAUGCUGUGCGAAUAAUUUUCUCAACAGCUGAAAGUCUGGACUGUAAUGUCGAGGAAUCUGCACUUAGUAGAAGUGCUUUAAGAAAACGCAGAAUAUCCUUUCGAAGUCAACAGGCCCAGAAAAUCAAGGCAAGGUUUAAAAACUUAGACUUAGAGGGUAUUGUUGUUCAUUGGGAUGGAAAACUUUUACCAAACCUUCUCCAGAAAGAAUGUGCUGAACGGUUGGCAAUCUUGGUAAGCAAAGGAGACUAUGAACAACUACUGGGGGUCCCGGAAUUAGAAAAUUCCACAGGCGCCAGUCAGGCAGAAGCUGUUAGCGGUAGUCUAGAAGAAUGGGAUAUUGGCGAUAAAAUUGUUGGUAUGUGUUUUGAUACGACGGCUUCCAACACAGGACGAAUGAAAGGCGCAUGCACCUUGUUAGAAAAACAGCUAGGUAAAAGUUUGUUGUACUUAGCCUGCCGCCAUCACAUUUUAGAAGUCGUUUUACGGUUAGUAUUUGAGUACAAAAUGGGAUCAACGACUGCUCCCCAACCUGACAUUUUUAGAAGAUUUCAAAUACUUUGGCCUAACAUAGAUCGGUCUAAAUACAUUGAAGGGGUACAAGAUGAUUUGGUAAAGAUGUCAGUGAAAGAGUUCGAAAAAGAGGUUUCGGAAUUUCUUCUCUUUCAGUUAACUGAAAAACAGCCGAGGGAUGAUUACUUAGAACUUAUUAAGUUAUGUUUAAUAUUUUUAGGAAAAGUCCCUUCUCACGAUGUUUCGUUAAACACUCCUGGUCCUUAUCAUCACGCCCGUUGGAUGGCACAAUUUACUCUCUGAAAAUGUUCCGGGAUGGCUAAAUGACCCUUAGUCGUCUGCCCCACAUCACACCUACACCUAUCACUAACACGCACACUCACCACACUCACCUCGACAUCACCACACUCCACAUCAACACCACCCACACGCGAGAGCCCAGGAUCCACACACUCCAACACACACCACAUUACUCAACAUAAAAAGGGUCAGGCUAUACACAAA